ACUUUUAGUCGUUUCACAGCUUCAGAGUCGCCAGGGUGUCCAACUCCAUCAGGUUCAUUGUUCAGUGUGUGUGGCAGAAGUAGUCCAACAUCCGAUGGAAGAACGACCCUUAAAAGACUGGAACAGUGGUCUCUUUGACUGCUUUGAAAACGCGAAUACUUUUUGCUAUGGCUUCUGGUGCUGCCCUUGCCUUGCCUGUACAGUUUCAGGAAAAUUUGGAGAGAACAGUUGUCUCCCAUUAUGUGACAUGGCUGGCCCCGCCAUAAUGGCCAUCUUUGGGAUACCUAUGUGUAUGGCGCCUCCUGCAGGUCUGUCCUUAAGGGCUGCCAUGCGAAACAGAUAUGCUAUCAAGGGUUCUCUCUGUAGGGACAUCGUAGUUUCCUGUUUCUGCGGGUGGUGCAACUGGUGUCAGAUGGAUCGUGAGUUAAAAAAUCGAGAAAACACUCCCACUGUUGUCAAUGUGCAGCAUCAAAAUGUUGUAAACGUGAAUGUGCAGCAGCCGACUCCAAUGAUGAUGGCUCCUAUAAACCCUGCUCCUAUGAUGAUGGCUCCUAUAAACCCUGCUCCUAUGAUGAUGGCUCCCAUAAACCCUGCUCCUAUGAUGAUAGCUCCUGCUGUGGGUCCUGAACAGCCUGCUCAAAUGAUGAUGCCUCCUGUAUACCAAUUAGUGGAAACCAAAGAGUGAGAGUAUGAUGAUGAUGACUUUCAGUUUCUUAACCCUCACGGGUCUAAUCCAGUUUUUCCCAUAUUUGGUUUGCCUGGUCUCCUUGUGUAAUAAUGCUUGUAUAACCCUGUGAUGCACAAUCAAGUUAUAGACAUAUUCUUUUUCAGGACGACCUGGGCUAUCAGGAUAUGUAUGCUGCAGGGAUGUCACAUGAAUGUAUGCAUUGUUAUAUGACUAUAAAAGAUGACAGAAACAAAAAA